GGAACAAACACUUUCAAACAGCAUCGCAGAACGCCUUCUUCCUCAAGCACCAUGACCUUCUCUCCCAGGGACGAGGAUGAUGUCAUGGAUUCAGCGAGCUGCUAACAGCUUGUCUAUUGGUGAUCCUUGAUUGUCCUUCAGUUAGACCCCCUCAGAGGAAGCUGUGCUGAAGUGCUUGCUUUUAAUUGAAUAGCAGGAAGUCUCCCGGUUUACACAGUAAAGUUGGCACUAGGAAUACAAAGUGAGUAAAACAACAAGGGCUGCUGUACUUCCACAAAGACUUCACUGAAGCGGCAGUGCAAGCCGGACUCUGGCACGACAGGGCGGCUGAAUGUUUUCUUCAAGGCAAAAAAUAAAAGACAACGAAAUGCUUUAAAGACAGAAGAGGUUUAACUGUAUCAGGACAGGGAAUGCUGUAAAUAAUCCUCCCAUCGGCACACCCCACAGAUCUGACUCUGCAGUCUCAGUCCGUUCCUUGCACUCUGAGUCCAACAUGUCUCUGCGCUCCACUUUUUCUUUGCAUGAAGAGGAGGAGGAGGCGGAGCCUGUAGUUUUUGCUGAACAGCCCUCGGUGAAACUGUGCUGUCAGCUCUGCUGUGUUGUUUUCAAGGAUCCUGUUAUAACAACCUGUGGGCACACCUUCUGUAGAAGAUGUGCCUUAACUUCUGAGAAGUGCCCCGUGGACAAUGCAAAGCUCACUGUGGUGGUGAAUAACAUCGCUGUGGCUGAGCAGAUUGGGGAGCUCUUCAUUCACUGUAAAUGCGGCUGCCGACCUGCGUCCAAUGGCAAGCCGGGGACCUUUGAGGUGGACCCGCGUGGCUGCCCCUUCACCAUCAAACUCAGUGCCAGGAAAGACCAUGAAGCAAGCUGUGACUAUAGGCCAGUUCGCUGUCCCAAUAACCCCAACUGCCCACCCCUCCUGAAGAUGAACCUGGAGGCCCACCUCAAAGAGUGUGAACACAUCAAGUGCCCCCACUCCAAAUAUGGGUGUACAUUUAUAGGUAACCAGGACACUUAUGAGACACACCUGGAGGUGUGCAAGUUUGAGGGGCUGAAGGAGUUCCUCCAGCAGACGGACGAUCGUUUCCACGAGAUGCAGUUGGCGCUGGCACAGAAGGACCAGGAUAUCGCCUUCCUGCGCUCCAUGCUGGGCAAACUGUCAGAGAAACUGGACCAGCUGGAGAAGAACCUGGAGCUCAAGUUCGAUGUGUUGGACGAGAACCAAAGCAAACUGAGUGAGGACCUCAUGGAGUUCAGGAGGGAUGCAUCAAUGCUCAAUGAUGAGCUUUCCCACAUCAAUGCUAGGUUGAAUAUGGGAAUCCUUGGAUCCUAUGAUCCUCAGCAGAUCUUUAAGUGUAAGGGUACCUUUGUCGGUCACCAGGGUCCUGUUUGGUGCCUUUGUGUUUACUCAACCGGGGACCUGUUAUUCAGCGGCUCCUCAGAUAAAACUAUUAAGGUGUGGGACACCUGCACUACAUACAAGUGCCAGAAGACCCUAGAGGGACACGAUGGGAUCGUGCUGGCUCUCUGUAUUCAAGGGAACAAGUUGUAUAGUGGAUCUGCAGACUGUACUAUAAUUGUUUGGGAUAUACAGACUCUACAGAAAGUAAACACUAUUCGAGCACAUGACAAUCCUGUGUGCACGCUGGUUUCAUCAAACAACAUGCUCUUCAGUGGAUCUCUCAAAGCGAUCAAGGUGUGGGAUAUCCUGGGCACUGAUCUGAAGCUUAAGAAGGAAUUGACCGGUCUCAACCACUGGGUCCGGGCACUGGUCGCCUCUCAAAACUACCUGUACAGUGGGUCAUAUCAGACAAUCAAGAUCUGGGAUAUCCGCACUCUGGAGUGUGUCCACGUGCUGCAGACCUCGGGUGGGAGUGUCUAUUCCAUUGCAGUAACCAAUCACCACAUCGUCUGUGGCACCUAUGAAAAUCUCAUCCACGUGUGGGAUAUUGAAUCGAAGGAGCAGGUACGGACUCUGACUGGCCAUGUGGGCACGGUGUAUGCGCUGGCCGUGAUCUCCACACCAGAUCAAACCAAAGUGUUCAGUGCGUCCUACGACAGAUCUCUCAGGGUGUGGAGUAUGGACAAUAUGAUCUGCACACAGACUCUGCUGAGGCACCAGGGCAGUGUGACUGCUCUCGCCGUGUCCAGAGGACGCCUGUUCUCGGGGGCUGUUGACAGCACCGUCAAGGUGUGGACCUGUUAAUUCUAAUGGCUGAAAUUAGUUCUGUAUGAAAAACCGGGGGGAGCCUUCAACUACCAGAUUACCAGAUGGCUUUUAAUCGGAUUUAUCCUGCCAGGCUGUGCAGACGACAAUGCCACUAUCAUAUGGUUGCCACUAUUUUUAAUACUGUUUAUUUGAUCAGUAGAUUUUGAGUUAGUGCCACAACAAAAGAGAAUCGAGAAGGAACGUCUUCAGAUCAAGUCGUAUAAAAAGGUGUAGCUACAUAAUGAUUGAUCAGAACUCGCCAGGCAUCAUGUAAAUAUAUUAAGAGCCUAUAUGUACUGCAUAUGCACUGUAUGUCAAAGCAGGUAUGUACUUGAAAACACAGUCAUCUGCUCACCAGUGUUUUCCUGCCAGUGGGAGUUUUUAGUUAUUUUUUAUGGCCUUCAUACAUUCUGCAGAUACACUAGGGAAAUGUGGCAUUGGAUGCUAAAACAUCUCCCUUAUAUAACCAGGUUUGAAGCCAUUGUGGCUCUGUUCACAGGCUUCCCAACGCACCAUGCUUGUAAUGAUGCUUCAGUGUUUGUGCCAAGGUCUUGACAUCACUUGAGCCUGCUUCUGGUGUCACUUUUUUUUUUUUUUCCCUGCCAAAACGUAUUGGAAAGAAUAUUAUGGAAGGAGUGGAAGGUACAUCAGGAUUUUUGUUUAAAAAACAAACUCCUGUAUCUCUUGAAAAGGACAUUUUUUGUGACUGCUAAUUGUAUUUGAAAAAUCAGAAGAAAAAAAAAACUAGUUUCUUCCUUUUGAAACUAGCAGCACCCAUUUAGGAAUAUAAGUCAUGCUGAUAUUGUAGAUGGCUUCUGUAUGAAUUGAAUUGUAUUGUCCUAAUCAAGCUGUUUGCAAGUAUUAAUCACUAUGUGGAUUGGUUACCUGGCGUGACAUUUUUGCAUAAUCUUAACUUGUAUUUCCAUGUGUAAAACUGGUUAAAUCCCAGUACAGUAAUAUUAUUUGAUUAUAGCAAAGUGCACACAUUUUAUAUGCCAUAUUGUCAAAGCAACCGUAUCACCCUUUCACGGUCAUUUUAGACCUUAAUAUUCAAAUUCAGUUAAGAAUAGACGUUAUAUUACAAUCAUGUAGAAGUACGAUUAGUGCAAUACUCAAAUUGGACCUCAGUGUAAAGGUGUCCAUUGUCCACUUUGUAUUAUUCUAUAAGAUAUCUAAAUAUGUAGUCAGUUGGGAUAAAGUUGCUUUAACAAAAUAAACAAAAACAAUUGAAACAGUUCUAAACUAGUGCUUCUGUCUAUUUUUGUAAGUAGGAUGUUUUUUUUUUUUUUUAAUACAGUAAAAGGAUAAACUAGGGAUAAACUAGGCCACAUGUUUUUAACUUCAGUGUACCUUCUAAGGUAAAAAAAAAAAAAAAAAAAAAUCAAUUUUUAAAAGGUUCUGCUUAGUUGCACAAUACAUUUUGCUUAAAAGAUGAACCGUGGUUAAUAUUACUGAACACUUAUUCCAGAUACUUGCAUUGGAAUCAAUCCAAUGCUUUUUUAAUUUUAUUAUUCUAAUUUGUAUACUGGUUUUACAGCACAUUUGAUCAUUUUUUCUGAUGUACGUGUGCAGAAGUACAAAGUAUAGAUCGGAUGGCAUCCAUUGGUGGAAAUAUUUUGGUGUGAAGAACAGACUGGUAAGAGUAUUUUAAGAACAAUUAGGCCUUAUACAUAAUCUUUAAUAUGUGAGUAUUUAAUUAAAGUCCUUUUAUGAACGAGAUACCACAUUCUUAAACUCCUGAACAAAAGUAAUUGAGCCAUAAUAGUUUCAGUUUGAAAUUGCCAAAGCCAGCGGACUAUAAAGCAAAGUAGGGUCCAUCAUAACAAAACUGUAUCUAUAGUACUUGCAUUAAUGGAACUUCUUCAGAAAAAUGUAAAGACUGUUUUUAAGAAAUGCUGAGGAAUGUGUUUAUUAACAUUCUCUUAGACCUACUGUAUGUAUAGGUUUUGUUAAACUGCUUUUAAAAUACCUUAUUUAAAGUCACAUUAUAAUUCAUUGAGUGGAAUGGACUAAAACCUUUUAAAAGGGGGCUCUGCAGACUACAGUGUGUUUUAUUUGCAGUGCCAAUAUGUGACCGGUAAAUAAUUAAAAUAAAAAACAAACAUGUACCUACUUCGUAAAGCUUUCAACUAGUUCCAUUUAGAAAGUAAGUAACACGGUACGAUAUUUUUUUCAGAAUUGUAUUUUCCACAGUGAAUCAUGUAAAUGCUCAUAUAUUUACAUCAUGUUCAAUUGAUUUGACCAUUAAAACCAUAUCACAUUUGUUA